UGAAACCGAAGGUCACCCAGACUCCCCUUCGCUCCCUUCAGCCUCUUGAUAGCACCGGGUGUUGCUCCAGUGCUCAGCCGCGUUGUAACUAUUUAAUAAGAAAGCCAUGGACAGUUUUGAUAAUCUCAGCGCGUCGGAGAAAGCGGAGGCGUCGGAGCUUCAGCGUAUGAUCGCCGUGGAGCAACAGAAAGCCCAGUUCCAGGCUCAGGUGCACAGUUUCACUGACAUCUGCUGGGACAAGUGCGUGGACAGUCCGGGCUCCAAGCUGGACCACCGGACGGAGACGUGCCUGGUGAGCUGCGUCGAGCGCUUCAUCGACACCACCCUGGCGAUCACCAACCGCUUCACGCAGAUGGUGCAGAAGGGCGGUCACUGAUAACGGACUACCACGGGACUGUGUUAUGACAUGAACGACAGGUGUUUUGUAUUCCUAACGUGUUGAUGGGAGACGACGUGAAGAGGACUGAUGUUGCCGGCAGGGGAACUGGGGGAAGCUGCAUGCUUCAGCCUGUGAGCUGAGAAGUCGUGUAAUGGGACGCAAGCAAACCUGUUCACCAGUGCAGCCUGUCUGUGAUCCUCAACAGGGUCUAGUCCAGGUCCCUUUAAGAAGGUUUUAGGAAGGUAUUAAAAAUUUAAAAUGUUCUACAACUCUAAAAUAUUGCGUGAGUCUUCCUUUCAUCACUGUACAGCUCAGUUUAUUUAUGUCGUGUGCCAAAAAGAUUAGGAAAAUUAUGUCAACAAAACUAAGAACUAUAAAACUCCAAAAAAGA